AGUGCCCCUGUGUGGUUGUCAGGAGCAACCAAGGAAUGCAGACCAACAGCCCUGCCGGAGCCAGGACUAGCCACUGACUGACUGCCAGCCAGCCAUGGGCCAGGAUUAUUACGCUCUACUCCACAUCACUAGAAAUGCAGAGGAUGCCCAGAUCAAGAAGGCGUACCGGAAACUUGCCCUUAAGAACCACCCAUUGAAUUCCAUUGGACCAUCCUCAGUAGAAACGUUCAGGCAAAUAGCAGAGGCCUACGAUGUGCUGAGCGACCCUGUGAAGAGAAGCAUCUAUGACAAGUUCGGAGAAGAGGGCCUGAAGGGCGGGAUUCCUCUGGAGUUUGGAUCCCAGACCCCAUGGACAACUGGUUACGUCUUCCACGGCAACCCCGAAAAGGUUUUCCAUGAGUUCUUCGGAGGAGACAACCCCUUUAGUGAGUUUUUUGAUGAAGAAGGAAAUGAGACAGAUUUGAACUUUGGGGGGCUCCGGGGCCGAGGGGUUAAGAAACAGGAUGCCCCAAUCGAACGAGACCUCUACCUAUCCCUGGAGGACUUAUUCUUCGGCUGCACCAAGAAAAUUAAGAUCUCCCGAAGGGUGCUGAACGAGGAUGGCUACUCCUCUACCAUCAAGGACAAGAUCCUCACCAUUGACGUGAAGCCUGGCUGGAGGCAGGGCACACGCAUCACCUUCGAGAAGGAAGGGGACCAGGGCCCCAACAUCAUCCCAGCCGACAUCAUCUUCAUCGUAAAGGAGAAGCUACACCCUCGUUUCCGCAGGGAGAAUGACAACCUCUUUUUUGUGAAGCCCAUCCCCUUGGGAAAGGUGAGUGGGCAAAGAGGAGGAGCAGGGGGUGGGCGGAUCAGAGUGAACACCCCCUGCCCCGUCAGAGGCCCCAAGGCAAGUGGGCCUCACUCUCCAUUCACCUCAGAGCAUGUUGCAGGCCUUCAGAAUGUGAUGAGUGCCGCACAAUCUUUGCGGCUGUCUUCACUCGCCAGUGUGAGUGGCUCCUCCACGCCCUCACAGCCCCAGCAAGAACCUGGGCACUGGCCUAGACUUUGCCUCCCCUCCCCCACCCAAUCUGCAGUCAGUCACUCAGUCCUGUCAAUUCCACCCUCAAAUCUCUCCACUUCGUCCCCUUCUGUUCAUCCCCACUGUCUGUGUCUGUGCAUCUGGAUCUGUGCAGCAGCCUCCUCGGGGGCCCUCCUGCCUCCCUUCUCAUCUCCUCCAGGCUCUUCCCCAAAGCGGUCUUUUCACAUACUCAUGGGACUGUGCCACAUUCCUCAUUGUCUAAACAUCUUUGCACGGCAUUCGAGGCCUCUACCAUCUGGCUGGUCUCAUCGCCCGCAGUCCAGCCACUGUGCCACUUAGAGCUCCUGCCCAUUUGGUGCCUUUUCAGACCUUCACUCUCUUGUUUAUGUUGUGCCCUCUCCUCGGAAUGUGGUCUACCCACCUUGUCUAACUGGCAAGCUCUUCCUCAUCCUUUAAGGCCCGCAUCAACUACUACCACGACUAUGUACCUUCAUGUCCCACCCUGGAAUGGUUUGGGGGCCUCUCCUUGGCUCCCACAGACCCCUUUACUUCCCUCUAUCAUAACACAACAUCAAUCUUACCUACCAGACUGUGAACUCCUUGAGGACAGGUAAUCGCGUGGGUCACUCACCUGUUAGUCCUUGAACAUC